AUUUUGGUGGCUUUGUGAAAUUUACUGGCGGGUGGUUUUUGAAAUAGCUGUUUUGAACAAAACUAGUCAGAGGAAUAUUCCAGAUAACAGUAAAUACUUAAAAAAUUAAUAGCACUUUCUUUAAAAAAUACAAUUUCUGUAGAAAUGAUUGGCUCAUAUAGCAGGCGAUCAUAACAAAUAUAUAUAUAUACCUAGUCAUUUCAAAAUUACACUAAAGCGUAACUGUCAACCUGCGAAAUCAGAUACAUUUUUAAAUGCAACAACCGAAUUUCUUCAGUGAUAGAAUUGAUCUUUGUAUACGCUGCGUGAGAACAUUGCUUGCUCGUUGCUACAUUGUUGAGGCCUGAAACCUUCCACGGGAAAAUUUGCGAGCCACUCAGCCAGCGUGUCUGUCACUCGCAGCCGGAACCGCAAUAAUGGCGAAGGUUCAAGUACUAAAUGUCGCUGUCCUCGAUAACCCGAGUCGAUUCGGAAACCCAUUUCAAUUUGAAAUAACAUUUGAGUGCAUGGAAGACCUGCCAGAAGAUCUUGAGUGGAAGAUCAUAUAUGUGGGUUCAGCAGAGAGUGAAGAGUAUGACCAGACCCUUGACUCUGUUCUGGUUGGCCCAGUACCAGCUGGGAGGCACAUGUUUGUGUUCCAGGCGGAUGCCCCAAACACGGGUCUGAUUCCAGAAAGUGAUGCUGUCGGUGUAACUGUGGCGCUAAUCACCUGUACAUACCGCGGACAGGAGUUCAUUCGUAUCGGGUACUACGUCAACAACGAGUACACCGACCCUGAGCUGCGGGAAAACCCACCCAUAAAACCUGACUAUGGACAGCUCCAGAGAAAUAUUUUGGCUUCAAACCCACGUGUAACAAGAUUCCAUAUCAACUGGGAAGGGUGUGCAGAAAGGAUGGAAGACUCAGAGAAUGUGGAUCCUGCCCCCAACUCUAUGCUGCCCCCAUCUUGCCUCCCGGGCAAGGCCCCACCCAUAGGGUUGCUACCUGACAACUCUAUGGACUGCUUGUAGAGGGAAACGUACAAAUACACAUAAUCUUUGAUCAACCCAACACUAUAAGCAGAAGAAUGGACAUGGACAUUCUGACUUGGAUGUACAGCCAGCUUUGCCUUACAGCUGCCCUUAUUUCCCAGAAACUGUCAACAACACACUCCCACCAUGGACUACAGUGUCUUGCAACCAAGACAAUCUUUCUGGAGUAAUCUUUAUUAUCUAUUGGAAGUUUUUCACUUUCAUGUCUAUAACAUGGUGAAAAAAAGUUGUAAAACUAAUUCAUCCCUUCAUUUUUAAUACUAUCAACAGGGCGACAGCUGAAGUAUCCAAGUUUCCAUAGAUGGUUAGCAGCUAAUUGGCAGAAAUUCUGAUUCACACCAACUAGUCAGCUGUUAAUUAUGUGAUGUAAAUACCAACAGGAUUAUGACACUAGUGAAGCAAAAUGGAGGAAGAAAUGACUCAAGCUGCUGGAAGGAAAAUAAUGGUGGUAUUUUUUUGAACUUUCUGAGCCAUUGUGUUUCAGUGGUUAUGGUCCUUAUAGCAUUUUAGUUACACUUUUCCCUGUUGGUGUUUUGGGAGACUUUUGGAUGGGUGGGGGGGGGGUGCUAAUAACGGUAUGUACAUAUGUUUAUUUUCCUGUGUGCCAUUUUGUUUUUGAAUUAAAUAUCUUUUUAUGUGAUGCGUGUGAUUGUCCCUGACAAGCUUUGAGACGUGAUGGCAGAUGUUGCAACUCUAGGAGAAAAACCUUUUUUCAACAUUGAAAUGUUUUGCAUUGAAAAUAAUGAGUGGGGCUUCCUCGACUUUUUGUUACAUUCAUAAAUAUCUGUAGUGUAGUAUGCUCACCUAUAGUGCACAUUUUGAAAUUGAUAGUCUGGCUUGCUUGUUGCCAUGCAAUUUGAAUUACAGCUGUGUUCAAGACAAAAUUGUGAAAAUGUUAACAUACAAAUCUCCCCUUUUCAUUGAA